CCGCUCGCGCCGUAAAGUCCGUUGGCACGCAGGCGCACACCGCGAUGCGAAGGGAGCAUGCGCGCGGAACGUGCGAGCGAAGACGACGGCGGCGGUCAGUUUAAUUCUCACUCUCUGGCACCCACCCCACCCCUUCCCAAUCCGCUCGGCGAAUGUUACAAAAUGGAGCGACGGAUCGGGCGAAACGAACGAAAGGUUCCACGGACGCCUCUAGUGAGGGUCGGAGCGCGGAAAGCGGCACCCGUUUGUGGGGCGAACCGGACACCGGCGGCUUGCCCGCGGAGGCAGGGGGGGGCCCCCGAAGACUCCAGUAUGAGAUGUUAAAAAUGGAAGUUGAACUUGUUCCAGUGGACAUUUUGAAGAGAAAGAUUUACAUAUUGGAACUCUAACCAAACAUUAUGUUGAGAUCACGUAAAAUAACUUAAUAAAUAUUAAUACCCUUUGAAUAUGGAAGCAGAAAUAUUUAUAUGUUCUGUAUGAAGGAAAAUAUUUUGAACAUUAAUAUAAGUGGAAAGACACUGAGACACAGACCCAACCGAGAGAGAACCUAUUGGUUCUGGUGAACCUACUGUGGAAAGAGCUUUAACUGGUAUCACAGACUGGGGAGAAAAAACACACUGUUCGCAGCAGAGUGCUAUGCAUGUGCGGCUUCAACCUGUAGAUUCACCAGGACAGCUGCAGCAUGGAGAAGCCCUGGGAAUGUGGAGAGUGUGGUAAGAGAUUCAGAUUCCAAUCUGAGCUGGAAAUACAUCGACGCAGCCACACUGGUGAGAGACCAUUUACCUGCUCAGUAUGUGGGAAGGGGUUCACUGCCUCAUUCAAACUUCUGGCGCAUCAGCAAGUUCACAGUGAUGAGAAACCUUUUAAAUGUGCAGUCUGUGGAAAGCACUAUAAACAUGCGUGGGAAUUGGCAUCGCAUAAACUAGUUCACACCGACGAGAGACCAUUCAGAUGCUCUCACUGUGGGAUCAGGUUCAAGCACUCAUCUCACCUGCGGGGACACCAGCGGGUUCACACUGUGAACAGGCCAUUCAUCUGCUCGGAGUGUGGGAUGCGAUUCACUCAGUCAUCCCACCUACUGAAACACCAGCAAGUUCACACUAAGGAGAGACCCUACACCUGUUCAGAUUGUGAGAAGAGCUUUAAAAGCAGCAAUGAUCUUCGGGUACAUCAACGAAUACACACUGGGGAGAGGCCAUUUAUCUGCUCAGUGUGUGGCAAAGGAUUUACUCAGUCAACUCACCUCCUAAAGCACCAGCGAAUUCACAGUGAAGAGAGGCCUUUUAAGUGCCCAGACUGUGGACAGCAAUAUAAAAGUGCAUGGAUACUGACAGUUCACCAACGUGUUCAUACCGAUGAGAGACCAUUCAGGUGCUCUCACUGUGGGACUGGGUUCAAGCGUUCAUCUGAACUCACUGCACACCAGCGACUUCACACUGGGGAGAGGCCAUUUGUCUGCUUAGUGUGUGGGAAGGGAUUCACUCAGUCAACGCAUCUACUCACCCACCAGCGAGUACACACGACAGAGAAACCUUUUAAAUGUUCGGACUGUGAGAAGAGCUUUAAAAGCAGCAAUGGCCUUCAGUUACAUCAGCGAAUUCACACUGGGGAGAGGCCAUUCAUCUGCUCAGUUUGUGGGAAGGGAUUUACUCAGUCCACCCAUCUGCUGACACACCAGCGGGUUCACAGUGAUGAGAGACCUUUCAAAUGCCCAGACUGUGAGAAGAGCUUCAAAAGCAGCAAUGAUCUUCAGGUGCACCAGCGAAUUCACACUGGGGAGAGACCAUUCAUCUGCACGUUGUGUGGGAAGGGAUUCAUUCAGUCAACCCAUCUGCUGACACACCAGCGGGUUCACAGUGAAGAGAGACCUUUCAAAUGCCUAGACUGUCGGAAGCAGUAUAAAAGUGCAUGGGAACUGACAGUCCACCAACGUGUUCAUACUGGUGAGAAACCAUUCACAUGCUCUCACUGUGGGACUGGGUUCAGCAGAUCAUCUCACCUGCUAAGACACCAGCGACUUCACACUGGGGAGAAGCCAUUCAGCUGCUCUGAGUGUGGGAGGAAAUUUUCUUGUUCAUCCAACCUGCAAUCACACAAGAGCGUUCAUGUUGUUGUGAGACCCUUUAACUGUUCUCAAUGUGAAAAGAAUUUUAAAAACAAACAGACUUUGCUGAGACAUCAGCGAGUUCAUACCGAAGAGAGACCUUUUAAGUGCCCAGACUGUGGGAAAUGCUUUAAAAUGGCCAGGGACCUGAUGUCUCAUCAACGUGUUCACACCGAAGAGAAACCAUUCCAGUGUUCUCACUGCGGGACUGGGUUCAAGCGGUCAUCUGACCUGGUGAGACACCAGCGAGUUCACAGUCUGUAGGGGUUGGAUAAUUAGGAAUUCACCUUUCUACAUUGGAUUCAGAAUGUUUCUGAAAUAAAACAUGAGCAAAACCAAUGUAGUGUACAAAAUCCCAUGCAAGGACUGCACAAAACACUACAUAAGACAAACAGUAAGACAGCGAACGGUCCGCAUCCAUGAACACUAACUAGCCACGAAACGACAUGACCAGCUGUCCUGAGUAGCCACACACUCAGAUGACAAGCAACAUGAGUUCGACUGGGACAACACUACUAUUAUAGGACAAGCCAAACCGAGAACAGCCAGGGAAUUCCUAGAGACAUGGUGCUCAUGCACAGAUUCAAUCAAUAAGCACAUCGACCUGGACCCAAUAUACCGCCACUGCAGUGGACAGAUGGAACUGACAACCGGAAGCGGCAGAUACAAAUCACUAUAAAUGCCAGAGGAAACAUCACAGAAGCGCUUCACAGGAGGCUCCCAAGCACUGAGGAUGUCACCUAGACAGGGGACGAAACGUCUGCAACACAAAUUCCCAGCUCAGCGAACAGAACCACAACAAACUAGAAAAGGUACCAAGGUAGAAGCGUCCUGGGAGAUUAUUGCAGCUAAAAACUAACAAAUUUGUAAAAUGUUGUGAAAGCGUUUACAGGGACAUGUGUGAGUUAAAUGACAACAGGGCGUAGCAGUCUUGAGAUUCGAGGAAAACAAGAACAAUGAAUACACAGACCAUCAUGUGGAUUAGUGAGAUGAGAAUCAUUCAAAUCGGGUGUGACUGGCCAGAGGAAGGUGUCCAUUCGAUAAGAACCAGGGUAAAAGACAGUCUGUUCAGGCACAGCUGUGCACUGAAGAGGAGCCAAAGUUCCUGAUUUCUCCUUAAAUAUCAAAUCAUGUUCUUAUUGUAUUAUUGAUUUGUACACAAUAUCCACCAUGAUUCAAUCUCCAUGUUUACAAAGGAAUCAACUGGUCCUCACAUUUUACGAUAUCAAUAAAUAGAGAUAUACCAAGAAGUUUAUUUAUAGAAUUGUAUUCCUCUGGAACCAGGACAGCAAACUGCAGCCUGAUGAUCAAAAUUGAUCCUGAACCUGGGAUAUCAGAGCCACAUAGGUGGAGCCUUUCAUUCACAAUCAGGUGUAAGAGCAGAAAUUAGGCCAUUCAGCCCAUCAAGUCUGCUUCGCAAUUCAAUCAUGGCUGAUAUGUUUCUCCUAGAGUCCUUUGACAUGGAUACAGGCCCUUUCUCCCAAACUGGGCCAUGCCGACCAAAAUGUCCAUCCAUGCAAGCCCACUUUCCCUGUACUUGGCCCAUAUCUCAACCCCUCUUUCUCCCUGUAAUCUUGAUCCCCUCGACAAUCGAAAUCUAUCUAUUUUCAUCUUAAGUAUACUCAGUGACCUGGCCUCCACAGCCUGUUGUGGCAAUGAAUUCUAUAGAUUCACCACUCUCUUUUUGGCAAUGUUUCUGCUCAUCUCUAUUCUAAAACCUCUUUUUUUUUACUCUAACGUUGUGCCCUUGGGUCCUAGUCUCUCCUACCAAAGGAAACAUCUUCCCAAAUUCCACUCUGUCAAGACCAUUCAGUAUUUUGUCAGUUUCAGUUAGAUCCCCCCCUCAUCCUUCUGAACUCCAUUGAGUAUGCACCCAGUGUCCUCAAAUGUUCAUCAUAUGUGCAGCUUUUCAUUCCUGGGACCAUUCUUGUCGAAGCAUCUGAACUCACUCCAGGGCCAGUACAUCCUUCCUGAGGUAUUGGACCCAAAACUGCACACAGCAUUCUAAAUGUGGUCUGACCAACUCCUUAGAGAGCCUCAGAAUUAUAUCCCUGCUUUUAUAUCCAGGUCCUUUCAAAAUAAAUGCCAACGUUGCAUUUGUCUUCCUAACUACCGAUUCAACCUGCGAGUUUCUCUUGAGAGAACGCUGGAUUAGAACUCCCAAGUCUCUUUGUGAUUCAAGCUUCUGAAUUUUCUUCCCAUUUCGAAAAUAGUCCAUGCCUCUAUUCUUUCUAUCAAAGUGCUUUGCCACAUUGUAGGCCAUCUGCCAGUUGUUUGCCCGCUCUCCUAACUAGUACACAUCCUUCUGCAGCUUCCUUGCCUCCUCAGUACUACCUGUCCCUCUACCUAUCUAUGUAUCAUCUGCAUACUUAGCCAGAAUUUCCUCUGUUCCUGCAUCUAUAUCAUUAAUGGAUAAAGUCAAAAUUGACAGUGCCUUUAGCUGCCUGAUCCCUAAAGUCUGAUAUUUCCUGUUUGAACCUCUCCACUUUUCCACUUCACUUUCCUCCUUUCACUUUUUUGACCGAGUGACAGUGAGGGAUUAAGCAAUAAAUUUCCAAGUCAGGACAGUGACUGGCUUGGAGAGGAACUUGAAGAUAGUUGUGUUCUCUUAUAUCUACUGCCUUUGUCCUGCUAGAUGGAAGUGGUCAUGACUUGGAAAAUGCUGUCUGAGGAUUUCUGCUGUUUGUGAAUUUCUGCAGUGCAUCUUGUAAAUAGUACACGCUGCUGCUACUGAGUGUCAGUGGUGGACAGAGUGAAUGCUUGUGGAUGCAGUGCCAAUCAAGCAGAGUGUUUUGUUCUGCAUGUUGUCAAGCUUGUUGAGUGUUGUUGGGCCUCCACUCAUCCAGGCAAGAGGGGGGUAUUCCAUCACACUCCUGACUUGUGCCUUGUUGAUAGUGAGCUGACUUUGGGGAGUCGCAAGGUGAGUUACUCGCCGCAGUAUUCCUAGCCUCUCACCUGCUCUUGUAGCUACUGUGUUUAUGUAUUGAGUUUCUGAUUAGUGAUAACUCCCAGGAUGUUGCUAGUGGGCGAUCCAGUGAUGGUAACACCAUUGAGUAUCCAGUGGUAGUGGUUAGAUUGUCUCUUGUUGGUGAUGGUCAUAGCCUGGCAUUUGUGUGGCACGAAUGUUACUUGCUAGUUGUCUGCCCAAGCCAGCAUAUUGUCCAGAUCUUGUUGGGUUUGUACACAGACUGUUUCGCUGUUUGAAGAGUUGCGAAUGGUACUGAACAUGGUGCAAUCAUGGGUGAACAACCCCACUUCUGACUUUAUGACAGAGGGUAGGUCAUUGAUGAAGCAACUGAAGGUCAUUGGACCUAAGACUCGACCCUGAGGAACUCCUGUACAGAUGUCCUGGAGCUGUGAUGACUGACCUCCAAUAACCAUACGAUCAUAUUCUUACGUGUCAGGUAUGACUCGAAACACUGGAAAGUUUGCCCUCUGAUACCCAUUGAUUCCAGUUUCGCUAGAGCUCCUUGAUGGUAAGGGCUGUCAUUUUCAACUCACCUCUGGAAGUCCGCUCUUCUAACCAUGUUUGAACUAUUGCUGAAAUGAGGUCAGGGGCUGAGUGGCCCUGGCAGUGUCACUGAGCAGUUUGAUGACACCUUCCAUCACUAUAUUGAUGAUCGAGAGUACACUGAAGGAGUGGUAGUUGGCCAAGCUGGAUUUGUGCUGCAUUUUAUGUACAGGACACACUUGGGUAAUGUUUCACAUUGUCGGGUAGAUGUAACUAACUGUACUGGAACAGCUUGGCGAGGGGUGCAGCAAAUUCUACAGUACAAGUUUUUAGUGCUAUUGCUGGAAUGCUAUCUUGGCCCGUAGCCUUUGCAAUAUCCAGUGCCUACGACUGUUUCUUGCUAUCAUGUGGAGUGAAUCAAAUUGGCUAAAGACUGGUAUCUGUAAUGCUCAGGACCACUGGAGGAGGCCGAGACGGAUCAUCCACUCGGCACUUCCAGCUGAAGAUUGCUGCAAAAGCUUCAACCUUAUCUUUUGCACUGAUGCAGUGGGCUUAUCCAUCACUGAGGAUGAAGUUAUGUGGGGAGCCUUCUCCUCCACUGAGUUGUUUAAUCGUCCACCACCAUUCAUGACUGGAUGUGACAGGACUGCAAAGCUCCGAUCUGUUGCUUUGGUUGUGGGAUUGCUUAGCUCUUUCUAUCACUUACUGCUUUAUUUGGCAUGCAGUAUUUCUGUUUGGUGGCUUCACCAGAUUGUCACCUCUUCCUGCACUCUCCAUUGAACCAGGGUUGAUUCCAUGGCUUGAGUGGGAGACUUGACAUUACAGAUUGUGCUCUGUUGUUGAUGGUCAACAGUGCCUCAUGAAUGUCCAGUCUUGAGCUGCUCAAUCUGUACAAAGUCUGUCCCAAUUAGCACAGUGAUAGUGCCAUACAACAUGAUGGAGAUUAUUCUCAGCUUGAAGGUGGGAUUUCGUCUCCACAAGGACUGUGUGAUGGUUGUUGUUAUGGAUACUAUUAUGGACAGUUACAUCUGCAGCUGCAGAGUGGUAAGGGUGAAGUCAAGUAUGCUUUUCCCUCUUGUUGGUUCCUUCACCACCUGCUGCAGAACCAGUCUAGCAGCUAUGUCCUUUGGGACCUGACCAGCUCAAUCAGUAGUACUGCUGCUGAGCCACUCUUGGUGGUGGAAGUUGAAAUCUCCCACACGAGUACAUUUUGUGCCCUUGCCUUUAUCAAUUCUUCCUCUGAGUGUUCAACAUGGAGUAGUACUGAUUCAUCAGUUGAGGGAGAGCGGUACGUGGUAAUCAGCAGGCGAGUUCCUUGUCCAUGUUUAACCUGAAGCCAUGUGACUUCAUGGGGUCCAGAGUCAAUGUUGAUGAUUCCCAGAACAACUUCGUCCCUUCUGUGCACCACUCUGUUGGGUCUGUCAUGCCAGUUCGACAGAACAUAUCAUGGGAUGGUGCCUGGAACAUAGUAAGGUAUGGUUCCGUAAGUAUGACUACAUCAGGCUGUUGCUUGACUAGUUUGUGAGAUAGCUCACCCACAGUUUUGGCACUAGCCCCAGAAGUUAGUGACGAGGACUUUGCAUGGUUGGCAGCUUCUUCCACCAUUGUCUUUUCCGGUGCCCAGAUGAAUGCCAGGUGGCCUGUCCAGUUCCAUUUCUGUGAGACCGUGUAGUGGUUGGUACAACUGGAAGACUUGCUAAGCUAUUUCAUAGGGCAAUUGAGAGUAAGCCAUGUUGCCGUGGGUGUAGACUCAUGUGUAAGCCAGACCAGCUUAGGAUGGCAGACUUCCUUUCCUGAUGGACACUAGUGAAGCAGAUUUUUUUUUUCCCUGACAAUCGACAGUGGAUUCAUGGUCACCAUUAGACUCCUAAUUUCAGUUUUAUUUUAUUGUGUUCAAAUUCCAACAUUGGCUGUGGUGGCAUUCAAACCUGAGUCUCCAGAACAUUAUCUGGGUGUCCUGGAUUAAUAAUUGAGUGAUAAUAACACUAGGCCAUCUCCUUCCAUAUCUGAAUGAGUGAGUGUGUGUGAAUGUAACUCAGAUAGACAUCACUUUUAUCAUAGUGCAGUGAAAUCUGAUCGCUGACUGACCGAGUCUCUUUCGGUAUAAAUCAGACAGUCUCAGCUUGUGAGAAAAGACCGAGGAGGAGGCAGCUCUGAACUAAUGACCCAAAUGGUGAUUCUUUUGCAAUCAUUUGACAUUAAUAACAAAAUAAAUGAAAGACUUUUUUUUUAAAUGUGUGUGUGCUGUUUUACAAAGCAUAAUCAAAAUUGUACACCUUCCCACCUGGCAAUCAUUUGUAUAGGAUUUAGUUUUAUCAUUUAUGUUUUUUUUUUCAAG